CACAGACUCAAACUUGUCAACACCUUCCUUCUGGCCCCAUCGCGUUCCCCGGUCAUCUGUAAGGCGCCUCGGUCCCUCGCUCCGCCCUCUCAGCCUCGACAUGCCUUUGACCGGGGCCGAUGUCACGUCUGUUGCGUCGUCUUACCCAUCGUCUCGCCCCGGAUAUGGUCGUUGCCGGUGGUAUCUGCGUGUUAUCCCUCCACAUCCUUUAAUAGCCUCAGACUGGGUCUGACCAACCUCUUUCUACUUCAAUGCUGGCAUCCCCGUUCUUGCUCGACCUUCCUUUCCUCUGGUCGAUAAGUUACACCAAAGACAAAAUAGUUCCCACCUUGCCAUAAUCAUGGCACGGACGCAGGACUCUAGUCCAGGCAAUGAUGGAGGAGCAGUUCCAGCUAUUACUAGUACCAUCAGGUCAUUCUUCGAAAGUAUUGCCGGCAGUACCCCUGAUCCCACGAAUCCCGUUGUCAAUGGCACUACAGCAAAAUCCGCCCCGUUCCUCGCUAGACUAUUGGCCGAUAUAGCCAGUCAGGCUCCUCGUCUCGGCGAGAAUGUUGCUCUCAUCCAUUCCCUGGUCGACACCAAACUCUUCGAUGGCGGCAUCGUUGACGAUCGCCAAUAUCAGUUGGAGAAGAUCCUUCAGCUAGCUGCUUCACUUCCGGCGCAAUCUAAAGCGCUUGGAGAUCUCACAGGCCAGUUCAUCAAGAUCCUUUGGGAGAACCUAGAACACCCUCCUCUCUCCUACGAAGGUGAUGAAUACAAGUACCGUACUGCCGAUGGGUCCAACAACAAUAUCAUGUACCCUCACCUUGGCAAGGCGGGUUCUGACUAUGCGAGAACUGUGGUUCCACAAACCCUUAAACCAGGUAUUCUUCCUGACCCAGACGUCAUCUUUGAUGCCAUCUUCGCCAGGGGUGAGAAGCGCCGAGAACACCCCAACAAAAUCUCCAGCAUGCUGUUCUAUCUUGCCACCAUUAUCAUUCAUGACUGUUUCCACACAGACUCGAGAAAUUAUGGCAAAGUCAAGACGUCAUCCUAUCUCGACCUCGCGCCACUCUAUGGUAGCAGUCAGCCCGAGCAGGACAAGAUCAGGACGUUUCGAGAUGGUCUGUUGAAGCCAGAUACAUUCUGCGAGAACAGAAUUCUGGGAUUUCCUCCCGGAGUUACGGCACUGGUUGUCUGCUUCAACCGCUUCCACAAUUAUGUUGCAAUGCAGCUCAAGGAGAUCAACGAAGGCGGGCGUUUCAUUAUCCCAAAGGAUGUCUCAGACUACAGGGCAAAGGAAGCCUUGAAGAAGCUGGACAAUGACCUUUUUCAAACUGCUCGUUUAGUAACAUGCGGCCUCUAUGUCAAUAUCAUUCUCAAUGACUAUGUCAAAACCAUCCUCAACCUCAACCGCACCAAUUCAACUUGGACCUUGGAUCCUCGCAAAGACUUCAAUGAGGUUUUUGACGCUCAAGGGCUUCCAUCUGGCGUGGGAAACCAAGUCAGCGUUGAGUUCAAUCUCGUCUACAGGUGGCAUUCAGCGAUCAGUGUCAAAGAUGAGGAGUGGACCAAUGAUCUGUACCAGGCCCUGUUCCCUGGCAAGGACAUUUCUACUCUGACUCAGCAAGAUCUCAUCGCUGGCUUGCAGACAUGGUUGCAGAAGAUUGGGGAUGACCCUUCGACAUGGCAGCUUGACAAUGGAAAGUAUAAGAGGACGGAACGGGGCACGUUCAGGGAUGAAGACCUUAUCAACAUCCUGAGCGAUGCAACCGAAGAUGUUGCGUGCGCUUUUGGUCCCAGGAAUGUUCCCCUCGCUAUGAAGUUGGUGGAAACUCUAGGGAUUCGACAAGCCCGAGCUUGGAAUGUUGCCACCUUGAACGAAUUUCGAAAGUUCUUCAAGUUACAGCCGUACAAAGAAUUUUCCGACAUUACCACGGAUCAGGAGGUGGCUCGCUCGCUCAAGGCCCUGUACCAACAUCCUGACUACGUGGAGCUGUAUCCAGGGCUGGUCGCUGAAGAUGCAAAGAAGCCGCUUGCGCCAGGAUCUGGUCUCUGCCCUGGCUAUACCGUCUCACGAGCCAUCCUCGCCGAUGCGGUGGCUCUCACGCGUGGUGAUCGCUUCUAUACCGUUGACUACACUCCGGCCAACUUGACCAACUGGGGUUGGAACACGGUUAACUCUGACCCAGAGGUGGCACAAGGAGGUUGCUUCUACAACCUGGUCAUGAGAGCCUUACCAUCAUGGUAUCGUGGGAACUCGAUAUAUGCCAUGUAUCCUUUCACCGUUCCUGAGGAGAACAGAAACAUCAUGAAGAAGCUUGGAAAAGAGCAGGAGUACAACUUUGAUCGACCGGCUCAGAUUGGUCCUCCUACCUCAAUCAGAUCUUGGGCGGCGAUCACGCGUAUUUUGCAGGACCAGGCGUCUUUCGGAGUUCCCUGGGGCCCACACACCUACUAUCUGACAGGGCAUGACUAUAUGCUCAGUGGGGACACCGCCGCGAAUGCGACGCAACGCAAGGACGUGCAAAAUGCCAUGUACUGUCCCGUCAACGGGUUGGAACAGAUUCGGGCUUUCUACGAAGAUCUGACCACUCAGCUGGUUGUGGCGCGUUCUGAGCGCCUGCGAGGCGAAUGGUAUCAGCUUGACGCUUGUCGCGAUGUUGCAAAUCCCUCGCAUGCAAUCUUUGUGGCCAAAAUGUUCCAUCUUCCUUUGAAACAGCGCGGAGACAUGAAACUCAUAGCCGUCGAGGUUGAUCAGCUCUACCUGGCAUUGUCGGUCUUGUUUGCCUAUGUUUUUCUGGACUUAGACACGGCACGGUCGUUCAAGUUACGGGCCGGGGCAAAGACGGCGACUGACAAGAUUUCAAAACUAGUCAGGGCUGUGUGUGAGGCCGUCAGAAUUGGGAGCGUUGUGCGUCUUGGGGAAAUCUUUCCCACGGGCACUGCCGGACAGUUGCUUGAGGACUACGGGGUUCAGCUCAUUAAGCGGCUGUUUGAAGGGGGUAAAUCAGUUGACGAAGUAGUGUGGACCAUCAUCCCUACUGCGGCGGCUGCUGUGGCGACCCAGGCCCAGCACUUUACGCAGAUGCUCGACGUCUUUCUCCAGGAGGAAUACCACGAGAAGCACUGGCCGGAGAUUCAACGAUGUGCGUGGUCCAAUGACCCUCAAGACUUUGAGAAACUGAAAGGGUACGCGCUCGAGGCGAAUCGACUGGCACCUGCAGCAUUUGGCCUGCUCCGGGUUUCCAAGGUUGACACUGUCAUCGACGAUAAUGGUACCAAGAUUGAAGUGAAGCGCGGGGAUGCUCUCUACACCGACUUUGUCACGGGGGGUUUGGAUCCCAAAGUGUUCCCAGACCCUCUCAAAAUCGACCCAAGCCGUGAUCGGUCGCUGUACAUCCAUCAAGGCUGGGGACCUCAUUCCUGUCUGGGACGCCCCAUGGUGGAGGUGGCUAUGGCAUCACAGCUCAAGGUGUUUGCCAAAUUGAAGAACCUUCGGCGUGCCCCUGGGGAACAAGGGAUCCUCAAGAAGACAAUCCCUCUGCCCAACCCAACCAGCAGUGAUCCACACCCGAACCCCGGCAGUAUCUCAGUGUAUCUCCUAGAAGAUUAUUCUUCUUGGUUCCCCUUCCCGACGAAUCUGAAAGUCCAUCACGACGGCCUCGUGGAACAGCAACCCGUUCAACUGGCUGCAGACACUGGUGUUCCAGGCAUCCAAAAGCAGAUCCAGAAUAGUGACAUGGCUCAGACGAAUGGGUUCAAAACCAAUGGCUACGAUGAGCAGAGAGACACGGCGUAGGGCCGCCAUGGGCCAAGAAUCAGGAAGAUUCGGCGUGGACGGGCUUAGCGGAGUCCACCAAAGACAGGAAGAGAUUCGACAGAGGAAGAAGGCAUUGUAUCUGGAUCCCCUCUUUCUGAACCCUUGCCUAAGUACUGUAUUGUUUGAGACGACGUAUUCGUAGUGUAUCAUUGGAAACUCAUUACUAUGAUAUUUACAUGUGCGCCAUACUGUAUGACGG